CCCAGAGCUCCUAGGUCAUGCUGAUGACCGCAUCUGCCUGUGGGCUCGGAAUAAAGAUGGCAGACUUACACACUGAAAAUCAAUAAAUGGUUCUCCCAAAAGAUUUGACCGCUGAGGAAGAAUAUCUUCUGAAAAAGUUUGCUCUGUUGAAAAAAAAGAGGAAACUUUUACAGAAGAGUAAAGAAAAAACAGAGACUGCUGUUAAAGUGACCAAACCUGGUACUAAAAGAGAUAUACCUGAGCAAACCCAUGCACCUGAAGAUGCCAAGGAAAUUGCAAAGAAGUUGAUCGCAUCAGGGGAAGUGAAAUUAAAGAAAGACCCACAACACAGAGAGUUCAAGAGAGCAAAAACAGAAUGCAGAAAAAACAGACAGGAAAGUCUUGAUAGACCCUCAGCUUCUCAAAGGGCAUCCUCCCCAACUACAGCAGAAGAAAAGAGAAGUCAAAUGAAAAGAGAUUUAUAUGACAGAUUUGUUCCUUCUCUUGGGAAUUCUGGGCCAGGAGCAAGAAAUUUUCGUUCAAAUGAAAGACGGCGGGGUAAAACUGUUUUCGUGAGUGGGAUUGGCUUAACUGAGGAAAUACUCAAAGAAGAGUUCAAUCACCUUGGUCAUGUAGAAAGAGUAAAUUUUGAGAAAAACAGAAGUCAAGGAUUUGUGACAUUUGACACCUGGGAAGCUGCUGACAAAGCUAUUGAUGAGAUGAAUGGACUAAAGGUGCAGCAUGUGCACAUCAGAGUAUCUAUGGCAAGGCGGCAGCCAAACAUGGAUGAGAUGCACGGCCAAGGUGGCAGACAGCUGACCAGUAGGGAUGGCAAGGGUGGGCCAGGACCCACUUCGAGAGAAGACCCACGGGACCUGUUAACUUAUGAUGAUAUAGACUUCUAAGAACCAAGCAUGGAAGGAUAAGGGACAAAGUUACUAGCAGGACAACACCCAUGGGACCUGAUAACAAGACUUAUAAGCACACCCAUGGGACCUGAUAACAAGGACUUAUAAGCACACCCAUGGGACCUGAUAACAAGGACUUAUAAGCAUGACAGUAUUAGGGACAGAGGCACAGAUAAAUGUAACAACACCUAUUGGUAUUUGGGAGGGAUUAGCAAGACAAGCAUGAGGUGCUAAAGGGGAGGGGAAAGAGGUCUGUGGGUGAGAGAAAAAAAAUCAGAGCACCUGGCUACUUGCGCUCUGUUUGUUUUUUUUUUUCCACCCACAGAUCCCUUCCCCAGGGGUUUCAUUUAGGCCCAACAGCCGGCAGAACUGCCUGCUACUAUUUUCCAAUAGCUGGCCUACUUUAAAAAAAAAUUGAUUUACGUUUUAUUUUUACUAAUAGCUUCCACCCCCCACCCUCCCUUCAUUCUUCAACGCCUACUUUGAAACUUAAUGAAACCCCUGCUUUCCUCUCUCCUUUAGCCACACUAUGCUGGCUAACAGUAUUUGUUCUGACAGAUACAUUCUUGGUUGCUUUAAGGUUAUUCCUCUGAAUUGCAUUGAGCACCCCGUUCUGUGCAAAAGAACCCCUUUUUUAAAAUUCCAUCACUUGUGUCAAAUUACAUGCUAUGCUUAACCAUAACGAGACUUUAUUCAAAAGAGCAAUUUCCAUCAAUGUUUUGUUACUGGUACCAAUCUGGAAACUCGAGAGAAACAAUAAAGUGUUAAUAAUUUAAGACAUACAAAGACAUACAUAUAAUUUAAGAAUACAAUAAUAGGUGUUUCAUUUGUGUUUAUGUGUGACUAAAAAACAAAAAAGAAGAAAUAAACACUAAUCAUUUUGUUUUGCUAUUUUACAGCAUAAAAUAGUCUUUUUAUUUUAUUUACAUUAAACAAAAUCAUAGAACAAACCUUUUUAAUGUAUGCUAUUAAAUUUAGCAUGUUGAGAAAUUGUAUUCUACAAUAUUCUCAUUUUUUCAGUUGUUUGAUGUUCUCUCACAAAACCUUGGGCAUAACACCAGUUAGGGAUGAGAUAAUGCUAGUAUGCAUCACGAUUUUCAAAUAGCAGUUUAGGGUGGCAUAACUGAACAUACAUAGCAUUUUUUGGGGGGAGGGGAAGGCUGCUUUUUUCAUGCCAUGGCCUCAUUAUCUAACUGACAUACAUCUACACAUACUAGAAACUAAGAUAUAUGACUAGUAGCAGAAUCUAUCUUGGUACAUUUUCCCCAAUCCAUGAAAGAUAAGCAGGGUUGCCUUGUUCAAUCUACAAAUAAAAAUUGGUGUCAGAAA